AAGCAUCACACCCUCAAUCUGGCUUUUAUUUCACUGAAAUGUCAAUUCUGCUUUAGCCAGGCAUGCAAGAGGAGCCUCAGCCGCACUGUAUUCGAAUGUGUAGUGUACAGAUGUAGAAACUAAAAUGUCAAGAUCCAUAAAAGAGCUCAGUCUUCAAUACAACUCGAUUAAUGAAAGCAACACUUUUACUAGUGGAGACAUCGUGGAGGGACGAGUUGUUUUGGAAGUGACCAAAGCAAUAAAGGUGGACAGUUUUUUUGUGAAGCUGACGGGGGACGCAGAUGUGCGCUGGACUGAAGGCUCGGGUGACAACAAAAGAACCCGUAGAGACCACGAGAGAUACUUCAAACUAAAGCAAUACUUCAUUCAAAAGAACUCAAAGAAAGGAACCGGUGAUCGGGCCAGGAAGUCAUGUUUUUCCGUUCAGAUUUCAGCUGCCUCAGCACACCCACAAUCCGGCACACAAGUAAAGGAGAUGAAAUUUUUUGGCUCAGGAAAAAUGUCAAUGGCUGUAACAGCUGAAAAGACUGGCUAUGUGCAAGGUGAAACAAUCAGAGUUUUUGUUGACAUUGACAACUCUUCGUCUCGUGACAUCAAGCUAAAGUACAGCCUCAAGCAGCAACAGACGUUCAUCGCUGGCAGGAGCACUAAUAGAGGACAUAAGGACAUAGUCAAAGAGACCAGAGAUCGCAUCCCUUCUGGAGAAAAGUCAAAAUUCAUACUGGACAUGAUCCUUCCUCCUGACCUGACUGUCACCAUUGAAAACUGUAGAAUUAUAAAAGUGCAGUAUGAACUUAAGGUUUAUCUGGACGUGUCUUUUGCAUCAGAUCCAGAAGUCAAAUUUCCUGUGGUCAUUCUUCCCUUUGAACAACAGUGUCCUCCGUGGCAAGGAUUCCAGCCAUAUCCACCACCUCAGCCUAACCUGCCUUAUCCUGGAGAACAACCUCCUCCACCUGCAGGACUUUACCCCAAUCUGUAUGAUCCUUCAGUGCUGCCCUAUCCGGGAGCUGCUGCCGGGGUCUAUCCAAAUCCAAAUCCCAUUCCCAUUCAAUCUGGUUUCCAUCCAGCUCCUUCUGCACCAAUCUAUGAUCCAAAUCAAAGCAAAUCAUCUCCUGAUGUGUCAUAUUAAUCUCCUUCACCAGCCAAACAAUGUUGUCUGCGUGCCUUCUAUCUGCAAGCUCAGUGCCUAUUAUUGUGCCUUUUAAGCUUAGCACUUUUCUUCGGCUAUAUAGGGGGAUAAAAGGUGAUCUGAAAAGAUUUAAAGCUUCUAUUUCAGUAUUCUUUCUGCUUUGCAUACUUAUGCUAUCUUUUAGAAAAGAUAGUACUGAAGUUGCUUACAAAUAUCUUCUCAAGUGUGUAUCUGUCCCUGGAGUGAGGUUUUAUUGACAUCCUAAAGAGAUUUGGCAUGAAACAGGAAUUAUGGCUGACUUGUCUCUCUUAUUUGACAUAUUUGUGAACAAAACACCCCAAAAAAUGUAGGAUAUAAACAGAUAUUUGUCUAUUAGGAACUGAUUAGAUUGUAUACAGUGGCCACUGCAAUGGACGAUCAUUUCAAGUCAGUAACAGGUUUCUGGAGGGUAGUUGUGAAAUUCCUUUAACUUUAUUGCCCAACCUUCACUCCAGUGUACACAUCAUCAGAAAAGAUAUCAGAUGUGGGAAUGUUAAGUUUAUGAGGACAUGUAAAUAAAAAAGACAUGUGCAUGGAUAAACCAUUUGUAAAUAAUCUAUCAGCAAUAAUAGAAUCAUGAAGACAUCAUUAUGAGCCAUU